AUGCAUGUGGCGGUGGUGGCAGCAGACCUGAUCUUGCUCCUAAGCAUGGGGUGGACUUCAGACGCCCUCUGCUCGCCCACUGUUUUUUACAGGGACUGCUGGAUCCGUCGCUACCCGGGCCUCCUAGUCGACCUGGAGGAGUCUCAGAAGAUGGGCGCUCAGUUCUUGAGGUAUUAUUCUGAAAGCACUGGCCAGAAAUGCAGCAGGAGCUGCUGUCUGAGGAAGGAUGUUGCCUGUAACUUGGCUGUCUUCUACCACGAUCCUAUGCACGACAAUGUCAACUGCCUCCAUAUCCACUGCCCGACGCUGGAAAGCUGCAUAUUGGAGCCUGGAACCAGUGCCAUUUUAUAUAACGUGACGGAAGGUAUAGAUCCAGAUUUGCUGGUUUUUGGACAACCACCUCCCACAUAUCUAAAUACCCGUUCUUCAUCUGAUAGAUGGGACAGAUUAAGAAAUCUAAAAGCUACGAAUUUAGAUAAACAACAAACCACCAUGAUAAAUCAAAUGCUACCAUCAAUAGAGGCUCCAUCAUUAACCACACAUCAAGAGUUGGUUAACGCAACCAGUACCAGGUAUUCCGAGGAAUUAACCACAGAUUCUUGGGCAAGAUUCAUAUCCCUGAAUGGUUCCAUUGUCACAAAAAUAAAUAAGGUGUCACGCAGUGCUGAUUUCAUCAGCAAUCCAGAUAACAAGACUAUUUCUCCUUUCUUUGUGCCCAUAGACACAAAACUUUCUCAUAUGCCCAUUCCAUCCCGACUCAACAGCAGCAAGCAGUUCCUGAACAAAACCAAAGGGCACAACAGCAGGAAUCACACAUCUGAGAACGAAGACAAGACACCGGAUGGGACAUCUGUGAUUUCAAAGACGUGGCUGGUUCCUGCGGCCCUUUGUACCUCUGUCCUCUUUCUUUGCUGCUGUAUAGUCAUCCUGGCAUCAGGAUGCUGUCGGAAGAAGCAGAGCCAGUAUAAACCAGGACAGAGAAAGUCAGGAUCCAAGCAAAGGGGGAAAAUGUAA